CACACCACAUCACAACACAACACACAACACCGCUCCAAAGCACGAAUCGAAUCACCCACCAGCCCGAACCAAGGGUGAUUUUGUUCGAAGCCUAUAAUCCAAAGCAAAACACAAAACAAAGCACAGCACAGCGAGAACGCGGCGGGACACCCAUUAUUUUGCACGACUGCACCGGGCGCAACACGCGAGCUCCUCCCCACCACCCGGCGAUGGUGUCUCUCUCCCACUCCCCCGGAGGAAUCCUCCGCGUCCUGCUGGCCGCGUCGUGGCUUGCCACUGUGGUCCUGGGCCAAGACAGGACCCUCUACACCGGCUGGACCAUGAAGUUCGACAACACCCCCUAUCCCACGCAGACCGCCUUCGUCGGCGACAAGCUCACCUUUAUCUGGACGAUAGACAAUCUCCAGAACGUCUUUAUCCACCCCACAAACGACUGCACGCAGACCGGUCGGAUCGCCAUCGGGAACCAGUCCCCCACCGAGUACGUCUUUCAACCAGAAGACGCGGGGAAAUCCCUCUUUUUUGCCUGCGACAUUGACGAUCGAUGCGAGGAGUACGGCAUGCGGCUGAUUGUCAACGUCAUCUCCCUGGACAACAACAACGACGAGGACAACACCCCCGCCGUGAGCCUCACCCAGGAGCCCACCGCCGCCCCCGAGUUUUUCAAGUUCCGGACGCAAUCCCCGACUUUCGCGCCGAUCGCCCCGUCGGAACCGGCGAGAACGCCCGAGCCGACGAUCGCGGCCACCGACUUUCCGACCUGGGCGCCCCCCGUCGUUCCGACCGACGUUCCCACGGUGUCCCCCACCCCGGAUCCGACGGGCUUUCCCACCGCCAGGCCGACCGCUUCACCAACUGAUUCACCAACCGUUUCGCCGACGCUCACGCCCACCACCCCGCCGAACCCCCUCCCGACCUUUCCCCCGACGGACCGCCCAACGACGCUGGAGCCCACGGUCGCUCCCGCGACGCCCGGGCCAACCGUGUCUCCCACGAUCGCCGACAAUGGAAGCGACGGGACGACGAGGGUGGCGAUGCGGGGCCUGCAGAUGACCCUUACCGGGGCCGACGCCUUUUCGGACGAAACCCAAUCGGCCUGGAGGGGCGAGACCGAGGCCUUUGUCACCUCGCACUACGAGAGCGACCACAGGGGAAUUUCCUUCGUGACGUCCAUUGCCGUCACGAACCACGAGGCCCUUUCGCCGUCGCGGUUCCGGCAGCUGGUGAGGGGGAGAGGCGACGGAACACCAAACACGCGGGGCGGACCCAACGACCGAAGGCUCCAGGAAAGCUCGGUUGUCGUGACGUACGACCAGGUCGUUUCCUACCGGGAUGCCUCGGGAAAGGUAUUCUCGGAAGCAUACCUGGCGACCUCGGCCUUUGCCUUUUCCGAGCAGCGGGCCAACUACGUCGAGGGACUCCGGGCCACGGGCGAUCCGGUGCUGGAGGCGGUCACGGAUUCCUCCCCCGUCACCAUUGGCAGCAAAACGACGCCCACGGAAGCGCCCGUUUCCACCCCGGUGCCCCGGCCCAGCCCGACCCCCAAGUCGGGCGGCCUGUCCACGACGGCCAUCAUCGGGAUCGCCUGCGGGGCCGCCGCCGUGCUGGUCCUGGCGGCCCUGGUGGCGAUCUACUCCCGGGGAGGCAGCGGGGACCCCGAGCCCGACGAGGACGGGGACUCCCCGCCCAAGAAAAUCUCCAUCAAGGAGGACGAGGUCAGCACCCUCGCGGGGCCGACCAUUACCAAUCCCAACACGGGGGCCGGAGAACGAAGGUGGGUGCCGUGUUGUGUUGUGUUGUGUUGUGUUGUGUUGUGCUUUGCUUUGCUUUUGCCGUGUUUGUUUCGCUCACCACCAUUUUUGUUUGCCGCUUGCUUGCCGCUCCCGCAGCAUCGGUACCGUCGACUACGAUUAUUCCAAGGCCUACGGCAACGGAGAGCACUCCCUCUCCUCUGCCGGGGGUACCUUUGGGUCCAACACGCAGAACAUUUCCUUUCCUAUGAACGCAGACGCGACGGGCGCCGCUCUCGGACCCUACGGAGAGGACGGGACGUACGAGAACCAGUUCCGGCCGGGGGCCAAGGUCAAGGAGGAAAUCCUUACCAUAUUUGCCCCCCCGGGAAAGCUCGGCGUCGUCAUCGACACGCCCGACGACGGUGCGCCCCUGGUCCACGCCGUCAAGGACACUUCCGUGGUGGUGGACAAGGUCAAGGUCGGCGACAAGCUGGUGGCGGUGGACGACGAGGACGUCCGGACCCUGUCGGCCAUCAAGGUUUCCAAGCUGAUUAGCCGAAAGAGCGCCAAUCCGUCCAGAAAGCUGACCAUCCUCCGGACGACCCAGAUCGGGUGACGCGGGCGAGGACGGUGCGUUGCGGAAGAGAAGACGAGACGAGACGAGACGAGACGAGAUCCGAUACAACCGUGUUCGUUGCGCGACGGCCACCGAGGGACCAGGGGGUGCGCCGGCCGUGUGGAGGUUCGGAUUCCACCGGAACGAUUCGAUCGGUUCUUUGCGUUUUUUUAUGUCGAGCGUGAUGCAUACAUGGUUUCCACUCUAUUGUGUUAUGUGAUUGUAUUGGUUUGCUAUUAUUCGUUUCGAGUACGACUCCAAAAAGUUCGGUUCGGUUCAGUUCAAUCCAUACCCCGGGUCCAUAGCGGCUUUUACGAGACACGGGCCCGGUUUCAUAAAUAAAUUUAUAAAUUAUUC